AUGGGAUUCCAUUUCCAACGUUGUUUUAGUACAUGCUUUUUUUUGGCAUUUUGUAUACUAAGUUUAACAAAAGGCACCCUUGGUUUUGCUUGUAACUGGGGAACCAUUACAACACAUCCUCUUCCUCCUCAAAUACUUGUGAAGCUUAUGAGAGACAAUGGAAUCAACAAAGUGAAGCUGUUUGAAGCUGAUCCCAUGGCCUUGAAAGCUCUUGGAAAUUCUGGCAUUCAGGUCAUGGUUGGCAUACCUAAUAACCUCUUGGACUCCAUUGGUAGCAAUGUUAAUGCUGCUAUUGCAUGGGUUGAUCAAAAUGUUUCCACUUUCAUAUCCAAAAAUGGCGUCGAUAUAAGGUAUGUUGCAGUAGGUAAUGAAGCUUUUCUAAAAACAUACAAUGGAAGAUUCGUACAAUCGACAUUUCCCGCCAUAAAAAACAUUCAAGCAGCCCUUAUAAAAGCAGGCUUAGGAAGACAAGUAAAGGUGACAACUCCUCUAAAUGCUGAUGUCUACCAAAGCGACACCGGUCUACCGUCCGGUGGAAACUUCAGACCAGACAUUCAAAAUCAAAUGAUGUCAAUAAUCAAAUUCCUUAGCCAAAACAAUGGCCCUCUCACCUUCAACAUCUACCCUUUCCUAAGCCUCGACGCCGAUCCUAACUUCCCUAAAGAAUUCGCUUUCUUCGACGGUUCAGCUUCCCCUCUAGUCGACGGUUCAAUAAGUUACACAAACGUUUUCGAUGCGAAUUUCGACACACUCAUUUCAGCUCUUGAAAAAAACGGUUUUGGCUCAAUGAAUGUAAUCAUUGGAGAAGUUGGUUGGCCAACAGAUGGAAACUCAAAUGCAAAUAUAAAAAGUGCUCAAAGAUUCAACCAAGGACUUAUCAAUAGAAUAGUGAAAAAACAAGGUACACCUAAAAGACCAACCCCACCUGAAAUCUACAUGUUUUCCCUUCUAGACGAAGAUCUUAAAAGCAUUGACCCUGGCCCAUUUGAAAGACAUUGGGGAAUUUUCAACUUUGAUGGAUCAAUGAAAUACCCUUUGAAUCUUGGAGGUGGAAAAUCACUUGUUGGUGCAAAAGGUGUUAGAUACUUAACCAAACAAUGGUGUGUUGUUUCAUCGCAAGCCAAUGUUAUGGAUCCUAGUUUUGCACAAAGUGUGAGCAAAGCUUGUACUUAUGCUGAUUGUACAUCACUUGCUCCUGGUUCUUCUUGUAGUGGCUUGGACACAAAGGGUAAUGCUUCAUAUGCUUUUAAUAUGUAUUAUCAAACGGCGGAUCAGAGGAAAGAUUCUUGUAACUUUAGUGGUUUGUCGGUUAUUACCAACAUUGACCCUUCACCUUCUCAAGGUAGAUGCCAUUUUGAGAUCAUGAUUGAUAUUGGGAAACAUGAAACUAAGUCCACCACUUCUUCUGCUGCAACAAAAUUUGGAUUUGAGUACAUAAUGUUCAUGUUGGUAUCAAGCUUCAAUAUCAUCAAUUUGUUUCUGUUUAUAUAG